UUCAUAGGAGAGACAAAGAAGAACUCAUCAUUCAAAAUGAGGUCAAUUACAGCUUUGUUUUUCCUUUUCUGCUUCCUUGCCCCAUCUGCUUUGGCCCAGCUCCGCUUUGGGUUCUACGGUCGAUCAUGCCCCCGUGCGGAAUCUAUCGUUGCUAAUGUUGUUGCCAACCGUUUUCGCCGUGACCGUAGCAUCACUGCAGCAUUGCUUCGUAUGCAGUUUCAUGAUUGCUUUGUCCGGGGUUGUGAUGCUUCCCUCUUGAUCGACCCAAGAUCCGGAAGGCCAUCAGAGAAAAGCACCGGACCAAAUGCAAGUGUCAGAGGCUACGAGAUCAUUGACGAGGCCAAAAGACAGCUCGAGGCUGCGUGCCCCCGAACUGUCUCAUGCGCAGACAUUGUAACUCUAGCCACUAGAGACUCGGUCGCAUUAGGUGGUGGUCCAAGGUUCUCAGUACCAACAGGAAGACGUGAUGGAUUAAGGUCAAGCCCCAAUGAUGUGAACUUGCCCGGACCAACAAUCCCUGUGUCUGCAUCCAUCCAAGCAUUUGCAGCUAAAGGUAUGAAUACGAACGACAUGGUUACACUUAUUGGUGGUGGCCACAGUGUUGGUUCUAUUCAUUGCAGUCUUUUCCAGGAUAGGCUUAAUGACCCUGCCAUGGACCGCACUUUAAAUGCUAGGUUGAGGAACACAUGCCGUUCUCCAAAUGACCCAUCGGUAUUCUUGGACCAAAGGACACCAUUCAUCGUGGAUAACGCAAUCUACGGAGAGAUCCGAAGGCAGAGAGGAGUCAUGAGGAUUGAUCAAAACAUGGGUCUUGACAGGUCAACCCGUGGAAUUGUGUCGAGCUUUGCACAAAGCAAUGCACUCUUUAGGAAGAGAUUUGCUGAAGCAAUGGUGAAAAUGGGUAGGAUUGGGGUUCUUACCGGACGUUCAGGAGAGAUCAGGAGAAACUGUAGAGUCUUCAACAACGGACGUUGAUUCUACACUGUUUUGACCAUUGCUUAUUUUCCCUUUUUCACGUUUUUUUCCCAUUUCUCCUCUUUUGAAUAAUCAAAUGAAAGUUUCUUUUUC